CUAUAUUCUCGUCACUUUAUCAGUUAAUUGUAUCGUUGUAUUACGCAUACGCGUACAAAAUGCGUGUUACACACACAGAACCUACAUCUUCGCGGCACCUCGUAUACAAAUAAAUCACAAAUCACGAACGAUUUCGUUGUUAUCAAUUUUUAUUUUUAAGCCAUAUUCCACAUAUAUUUUUAGCACAUUCACUUACCACUUCUUUCCAUUUUGUGUAACGUUUACACUUUCGCGACAUUACGUAUUAAACGAGUCAUAUUUUUUAGAACUUUACAAUAUAUAUAUAAUCAAUAUUACAAUGGAUAUUGAAGAACUGGCCAAUGCUACAAUGAACUUUGACCAAUCAAUCAUAAAUGGAAAAAUUCUUUCCAUACGUUCUAAACUUGAUGCACUGGAAAAAGAUACUAAAAUAACUUGGCUGAUGAAAGCAAUAGGCUUUAUAGACUUAACUACGUUAGGGGGGGAUGAUACGCCUAUUAAAGUUAAAGCUGUCUGUACGAAGGCUGUAAAUCCUCUUGGUGGAUCCACAGAAUCCAUACAUACUGCAGCUGUAUGUGUUUUUCCUAUGAGACUUGAAGAUGCAAAGGCAUCAUUAGCAGAUCUUGAUGAAGACCAUAAAGUUUCCAUUGCUACUGUAGGUGGAGGAUUUCCAUCUGGACAACUUCCACUGGAGACACGUCUCAGAGAAGUGGAAAUAGGUAUUGAAAGUGGUGCUGAUGAAAUUGAUAUUGUAAUCAAUCGAACCUUGGCUAUAAUGCAUCAAUGGGAAGAAUUAUAUGAGGAAUUAAAAUUAUUUAGUACCAUUUGUAAGAAUAAAGUAUGCCUUAAGGUCAUACUUGCUACAGGAGAAUUGGUAAAUUUGGAAAAUGUGUACAAAGCAUCUAUGGUAGCAAUGAUGGCUGGAGCUGAUUUUAUUAAAACAUCCACUGGAAAAGAAACAGUUAAUGCCACUUUACCUGUUGGAAUGGUUAUGUGUCAGGCAAUUAAAGAUUAUUAUGCAUUAACACACAAGAAGAUUGGUUUCAAACCAGCUGGAGGUAUUAAGACAUCACAAGAAGUUUUGGAAUGGAUGAUGUUAGUUCAAACAGAAUUAGGAGAUGAAUGGCUAAACAAGGAUUUAUUUAGAAUUGGUGCAUCCAGUUUAUUAGAUAACAUAGUUGAGGCAGUAAAUUCAAAAUAAUGUUAUCCCACAUUUGUACUGUUUAUAAUGUUCCAGACAUGUGCUUAAUUUUAAAAAUUUUAUACUCAUAAU